AUGAAGAAUCUCGUUCUAACUGGAUUUACCGAUAUUGAAAUUGUGGAUCUGGAUACAAUUGAUGUUAGCAAUUUGAAUCGGCAAUUUCUUUUCCAUAAAGAACAUGUUGGAAAGUCCAAGGCACAGGUGGCCAAAGACAGUGUUUGUCGGUUCAAUCCUGAUGCUCGUAUCCUUGCUCACCAUGACAGCAUCACCACUGUAUUGAUGAAGAAAAAGACUGUAAAAAAUAUAUAUUGUCGAUUUUUGUUUCUUAAUUUUUUUCUUUUUUGUUCUCCAUCUUUUCUCUUUUUUCCCUUUUUUGUUCUUUCUUUUUUCUCUUUUUUUCUCUUGUUCUUUUUCCCCCCUUUUUUUCCUUUUUUUGUUCUCCUUCUUUUCUCUUUUUUCCCUUUUUUUCUCUUUCUUUGUUCUCUUUUUUCUCUUGUUCUUUUUUCCCCCCUUUUUUUCCUUUUUUUGUUCUCCUUUUCUCUUUUUUCCCUUUUUUUUCUCUUUCUUUGUUCUCUUUUUUCUCUUGUUCUCCUCCCCCCUUUUUUCCCUUUUUUGUUCUUUCUUUGUUCUCUUUUUUUCUCUUGUUCUUUCCCCUCCCUUUUUUCCUUUUUUUUGUUCUCCUUUUCUCUUUUUUCCCUUUUUUUGUUCUCUUUCUUUGUUCUUUCUCGCUCCCUUUUUUUCCUUUUUUUUUGUUCUCCUUCUUUUCUCUUUUUUCCCUUUUUUGUUCUCUUUCUUUGUUCUCUUUUUUUCUCUUGUUCUUUUUUCCCCCCUUUUUUUUUUUUUUUGUUCUCUUUUUCCCUUUUUUGUUCUCUUUCUUUGUUCUUUCUCCUCCCUUUUUUUUUUUUUUUUUUUUUCUCCUUCUUUUCUUUUUUUUUUUUUUGUUCUCUUUCUUUUUUUCUUUUUUUUUCUUGUUCUUUUUUUCCCCCCCUUUUUUUUUUUUUUUGUUCUCCUUUUCUCUUUUUUCCCUUUUUUUUUCUCUUUCUUUCUUUUCUUUGUUUUCCCCCCUUUUUUUUUUUUUUUGUUCUUCUUUUCUCUUUUUUUCUCGUUCUUUUUUUCCUUACUUUUUUCUCUAAUUUGAUUCUCUUAUUUAUUCUCUUUUUGUUUUUGAUUCUCUUUCUUUUCUUUUUCCUUUGGUUCUCCUUUUUUUCUUUAAACACAGAUUACGACACUGAAUUCUUUAAGAAGUUUGACAUUGUUAUGAAUGCUCUUGACAAUAGAGCGGCCCGUAAUCAUGUGAAUCGUCUUUGUCUGGCUGCUGAUGUCCCUCUGAUUGAAAGUGGCACUGCAGGUUACCUAGGACAAGUAACCGUCAUUAAAAAGGGAUUAACAGAAUGUUAUGAGUGCCAGCCAAAGCCGACACAAAAGACCUUCCCAGGAUGCACCAUUAGGAAUACACCUUCUGAACCAAUUCAUUGUGUUGUUUGGGCAAAACAUCUCUUCAAUCAGUUAUUUGGUGAAGAAGAUCCUGAUCAGGAUGUCUCCCCAGAUACAGAAGAUCCAGAAUUGGCUGGUGAGGCAGGUGAGGCUGCUUUGAAUUCUGCCUCUAAAGGUGAUGCCCAUGGGGGCAUUGAGCGUAAAUCCACUCGAGCAUGGGCACGUGACACUGGAUACAAUCCUCAGAAACUUUUCGCCAAGUUGUUUCAUGAUGACAUCAAAUACCUUCUUUCAAUGGAGAAGCUUUGGGAAAAGAGGAAACGUCCAAAUCCUUUGGACUUCAACAAUCUUCCAACAUCAGUUGUCCAGUCAUCACCUUCUUUGAUCAAAGAUCAGCAAAUCCAUUCAGUGAAAGAAUAUGCAGAAAUUUUUGGAAAUUGUCUCGAUUCAUUAAAAGUUGAGCUAUCCAAUCAGGGACCAGAUGGCAUUCUCGUGUGGGACAAGGAUGAUGACAUUGCCAUGGACUUUGUGACUGCAACAAGUAACAUCCGUGCUCAUAUAUUUGGCAUUCCAAUCAAAUCAAAAUUUGAUAUUAAAUCCAUGGCAGGAAACAUCAUUCCUGCAAUUGCCACUACAAAUGCUAUCAUUGCUGGAUUGAUUGUCAUGGAAGCCCUUAAAAUUUUAUCUGGAAACAUUGAAAACUGCAAAACUGUCUACCUGAAUCGACAACCUGCCUCUCGCAAACAGCUCCUUGCCCCAUGUGCUCUUGUUAAACCCAAUCCUGAGUGUUAUGUGUGUACAGAUAAACCAGAAGUUACUGUGCUUUUGAACACCCAGAAGACCUCCAUCAAAACACUGGAAGACAAGAUCAUCAAAGGUCACUUGGGAAUGGUGGAGCCUGAUGUCGAAAUUGACGAUGGAAAAGGAACAAUUAUUAUCACAAGUGAAGAAGGAGAAACUGAAGAAAACAACGAUAAAAUGUUGAGUGACUUCAACAUUGUAAAUGGAAGUCGAUUAAAAUGUGAUGACUUUUUGCAAAACUACAAUUUGGUUAUCACAAUUCAACACGUUGAGAAAUUGGAUGACAAUGCUGAAUUUUCAGUGGUUGGAGAUGCAGCUGCCCUCAAGGCCAAAGAGCAGCAAAAGGAAGGACAAAGCAAAGCUGGACCAUCGAACAUAUCACCUGUCCCUUCAACUUCAAAGUCACAAGUUGAGGAUGAUGAUGAUGAUGACGAUGAUUUGAUCAUCAUGGAACCAGAACAAGAAGAUGUCCUCGAUCUGAGUCCAUCAAAACGAAAAAGGAAGGCAUCUGGCCAGCAUCCAGAUUCCGAAGCUAAGAGCAAGAAAAGCAAACAAGACGACACCGACUGCGAUCAUGCCAUCAUUGUUUUGUAA